GGAAUCAGAGUUCCUUUCUGGGAACGAGGUUCCUCAUUCAUGCUGAAACUUUCCCUCAGGGUUUCUUCGUAGUUGGUGGUGUACAUAAAUGGCCUUGAUGUAGAUGAACAGGGAAGGUAUUGAACACCAUCGGCUAUGGAUCUUGGAUCAAGGGACGAUGCUUCUCUCUGGAAUGUGCUUCUUCGAGUUACAGGUCCUGGCUUCUUUGGGAGGUUACAGACACAGUGCCUGCUAUUUCAAUUGAAUUGAAACCAUACAUGAACAAAAGAAAUUUGAUGUUAGCAGUUGUGAAAAAGUAGUUUCAAUGGGGGGUUGUGCCUCAAAAUCAAAAAGGAAGGGCAAAACUCAUGGGAGAAACAGGCACAAACACGCCAAUGUCCGAGGAAAAAUACCCACUGGCGUUGCUGACAUGUCCUUGAAAAGACUCAGCAGUGCUGGAAAUCAUGUUGGCGAUUUUUCUCUCGGUGACUUUGUUCACUUGGACUUUGACAAGGGCCGGAGGUCUGAGGUUUCCAACAUGACAUUUCAUCUCACCCAACUACAAUAUCACAGUCAUAACCAAUCCGAUGGAAAUGGAUCGUGCCAAGAGGAAGCAUGGUUUGACUCGGUCAGCAUGAUUGAAUCUGAUUCAGAUGAUGACUUCAUCAGUGUGCAUGGAGAUUGCUUUCCUUUUGUGGGUAAUACUUUGGGGAGUGUCCCUAAUACUCAGCUACUCCAAUAUGAAAGUGCAUCAUGCUUUGGAAACUCAGGCUGUAAUGCAUAUGAAGGGUUCUAUGAAAGUUAUCUCAAAAUAGAUGGGGGCAACUAUAAGAAUGAAGAGAAAAUUCAAGAAAAGAACUCAAAGCCUUGCUUGCCUGUUCUAAUUCCUUCAGUCAAUUUUAAUGACAUGAAUCAUUCCCCAGCGAGUCCUCAAACAUCACACAUAACGCAAUCAACAGUUAUCAUGGUUUCGGUCACAAGAAAAUCCGUUGAUGGGAAUGAAAAGACUGGAUCACGUGCACCUGAGAGAUUACUUUACCAUCCCAGAGCAGGGUUUCAAAUUCAGUGUUCAGCUCUGGAGAAGCCAUUGCCUGGAUCCUGGUCCACAAUCUCGCCCUCAGUGUUUAGGCUCCGGGGGAAGAAUUUUUUCAGUGAUAAGCAAAAGUGUCCAGCUCCAACUUGUAGCGCUUAUACACCAAUAGGUGUGGAUUUGUUUGUUUGCCCAAAGAAGAUCAAUCACAUUGCUCAGCAUCUUGAACUUCCAUCUGUCAAAGGGCAUGAGAAAGUUCCGUCACUUCUUAUUGUUAAUAUACAGUUGCCAACAUACCCUGCCUCUAUGUUCAGUGAUGGAGACGGUGAAGGCAUGAGUCUUGUAUUAUAUUUCAAAGUAUCUGAUAAUUUCAGCAAAGAUAUCUCUUGUCACUUUCAGGAUAGUAUCAAGAGGCUAGUGGAUGGUGAGAUGGAGAAGGUGAAGGGGUUGACGAAAGAAACUGAGGUUCCCUAUAGGGAAAGACUGAAAAUUUUGGCUGAGGUGGUUAACCCAGAGGACCUUCAAUUGAGCUCAACAGAGAAGAAGCUUAUAAACGCCUACAAUGGCAAGCCAGUGCUUUCACGCCCUCAACACAUUUUCUUUAAGGGACCUAACUAUUUUGAAAUUGAUCUGGAUAUUCAUCGGUUUAGCUACAUAUCCAGGAAAGGGCUUGAUUCACUGCGAGAUCGUGUACAUAAUGGAAUACUUAAUGUGGGCUUAACUAUCCAGGCACAAAAGCUAGAGGAACUACCAGAACAAGUCUUGUGUUGCUUGCGGUUGAAUAAGAUCGACUUUGUUAACAGAGGUCAAAUUCCCACCAUUGUAACUUAAUUUGAAAUUUGAUUGGGACAACAGCCAGUUGAUGCAGAAAAAACCAAUGAAAAAUGCAUUGAGAGGAACACCCUCUGUGAAGAAUGGCUGCUCAAUCUGUGUGAUGACUCUGAUCACUCUGGGAAAGAGGUAGAAGAGAUGCAAAUUUGGGAGGGGAAAAAAAGAAACAAGAAGAAACAUAAUAAGCAUUCUGUGAAAUGCAAUAUUGAAUUUCUUUACUACAUUUCAUGGAGCAUUAAUUGAAAAGGGAUGAUUCUUUUUGG